UCCCAUUCAUUCCCACUCACUCAAUCAAGUACAAACACCCUAACACCACACUACACACCACGCAUGCUCAUACCAAAAACGAGAGGACCAAACUUAAAAAACAAUCACAGCGCUAUAUCCCUCACUCACUCAUUUCACUCUCUUUCCACAAUCACAAAAUGGCCGUUGUUGGUGUUCUCGCUUUACAGGGUUCUUUCAACGAACACAUAGCAGCUCUGAGAAGAUUAGGUGUGAAAGGUGUUGAAAUUCGUAAACCUGAACAACUUCUCACCAUUAAUUCUCUCAUCAUCCCUGGUGGUGAAAGUACUACUAUGGCUAAACUCGCCGAGUAUUUCAACCUGUUUCCAGCUUUGCGAGAGUUUGUGCAAAUGGGAAAGCCAGUUUGGGGAACCUGUGCAGGACUAAUUUUCCUGGCAAAUAAAGCUACAGGACAGAAGACUGGUGGACAAGAACUAGUUGGUGGACUUGAUUGUACUGUGCACAGAAAUUUCUUUGGCAGCCAGAUUCAAAGCUUUGAGACAGAGCUUGCAGUACCAGACCUCGUAUCCAAGGAAGGCGGUCCUGAAACCUUCCGUGGAGUUUUUAUUCGUGCCCCUGCAAUUCUUGAUGUGGGGCCAGAAGUUCAAGUCCUAGCUGAUUAUCCUGUACCUUCUGACAAAGUGCUGAGUUCUGAUUCCUCUGUUGAAGGACAAAAGGAGAAUGCUGAAGAACAAAGCAAAGUUAUAGUUGCUGUGAGACAAGGGAACAUACUAGCGACUGCUUUUCAUCCUGAAUUGACGGCUGAUACUCGAUGGCAUAGUUAUUUCUUAAAGAUGGGAAAUGUCAUUGGAGAAGAGGCCUCAAGUAGCAUUGUUCCAGUAGAAGUGACUACAAGUUCUAAGCUACAAUCACAGAAUGACCUUCCUAUCUUUCAAUAGGACCAGAAACUCACUGACUUUCUUAAGCAGUUGUGGGUGCUUAUUUAAUUUAUAAUUUUCUUUUGGAAAGGAAACAAUACCUGAUAAUCGAUAGAUCUUAGAAGGUGUUUUCGGUAGUUAUCUAUUUUGGAUAAAUUAUGUUUAUGGUCUCUCAAUUUUGAGUUAUACAGUAUGUGGUUUUGAUCCGAAAGAUCACGAAGAUAAAUGAAAAAUCAAGUUUAUAUUUUGAGAAAUGAGAGAA